AUGAAUUGGUUAGAACAGUUACAAAAGAAAAGAAACGGCCAUGGAAAAGACAAUAAUAAAGAAGAUAAUCAAGUAAGCUGCAGGAGCAGCGAGCCGUGGGUGAAGCACGCCGAACUCGGCACAGAGGUGCAACUGCCGUGCGAGCUGAAAUCGCCGCAAUGCAAAGGGCUUCACAGCAUCAAAUGGUAUCGCGACGGGACGCGUAUCUUCAUUUUCAGCGAGAACACCGGAAUAACGCGCGGCAACAUCGACAUCGCCGUCAGGUCGGAUAUAGAAUACACGACGAAUUCGUCCAAGACCUACUUGAAGAUACCGGAUGUGAAGUUGGAGGAUGAGGGGCUUUAUAAGUGCGAGGCUACUUACUUAGCUGUGAAUCGAGAGUGCAAUAUCGUUCAGCAUUUCAUACUUAACGUCACUGUGCAACCUGCGUUCGUACGUGUUAUCGACGAGAACACGAAGAACACGCUAAGCACCGGCGCCACUUUAGGACCUAUAAACGAAGGUUCGAUGAUUUCCUUGUACUGCGAGAGCGGCGAAGGAAAGCCAGUGCCUACGGUCGAGUGGUUUAAAGGCGACCAACUAUUGGAAGCGACCAGUUCGACGACGAUAGCUGACAACGGGAUAGGGAACGGGAGCAGCCUGCUGCAGAUGCAAAUCACACGCGACGAGCUGGAUGCAACUUUCACGUGUAAAGUCAACAGUAUAGCGCUCGUCGAACCCCUCACUGUCGACGUCAAGCUGGAUGUACACGUCCGGCCGUUGAAGAUGGAUCUGAACGGUGUGGUGGGCCACGUGGUGCAAGGAACGAAGAUUCUGCUUCAGUGCACCGUACGAGCAGCGAGACCAGCGGCGAACGUCACCUGGCAAAAUGGCACGGAGUACCUGAACGAGAGCAACGACAGAUUCGAGAUGUUCGAGACGAAGGUGCAGGAGAACGUUGACGGUACGUCAGAGACCGUAAGUUAUCUGGCUUUCACGGCAUCCGAGUACGACAACGGAAGAACGUUCAAGUGUUACGCCGAGAACUCGGUCACACGUACCGAGGACCAAAAACCGAUGACAGAGUCGACGACGAUCGAAGUUUUAUAUCCGCCUAUAGUGAGAAUGAAGACAGAGAACGUGACCGUGAACGAGACCGAAAAUUUCACAGUAUUUUGCAACUACCAAGCUAAUCCGGCCAGCCUAAAAAAAGUAACAUGGUAUCGAGACGAGGAGGAAUUAGUUUUAACCAAGGACCACUACGAGGGUGGUACCACGGAACAAACGGACCUCUCCGUGAAAAAUGCGACACCUAGUGAUAUGGGCUCUUACAAGUGCAUUCUGGAAAAUAACGUCGGUGCAUCCACUUCAGAAGACGUCGUUGAAGUCUCUGUGUUAUAUAAGCCAGUGGUUGAGGUGAUAAUGGACCCGGAAGCGCCGGUGAACGAGGCAGACCGGUUGAACGUCUCGCUGACCUGCGAGGUUGUUACUGGAAAUCCAGCAAGCUUGACCGCCGUCCGAUGGUACUUGGACGGGGACCUGCUGAAAGAACUUCCGGAUUGCACGAGAAAUAGCAGCGCGACCACCACGACCACCGAGGAAUCUUUAAUUUUCUGCGAUAUCGAUCCGAGCAAGCUGCUGCUGGAAGCUGUAGGACGCUCCUUUCACGGGAACUACUCUUGUGAAGGGAGAAACGACGCUGGCUGGGGACCACUUUCACCGAGUGCGCCUGUCAUAGUCCAUUACAAGCCUGGUCCAGCUUCGAUCUCGUACGAGCCUCAGCAGGUAAUAAAGAAGCGGCCAUUGUCCAUCACUUGCUUCGUCCAGGACCCGGGCCGGCCGAAGGUAGUUGGCUUCAAAUGGUUACGAGGCCUUGACAGACUUCCGGAUGAAAACGACGCUACCUAUACCAUCGAGUCGGUUAAUUUGGAAACCGAGGCAAACUUUACUUGUCAGGCUUACAACGAAGCCGGCGACGGCGACCCUGCCACCACGUUUAUCGACGUGUCUGCGGCACCUGCGUUUAUCAAGAAGCUUCUCCCCUAUCACGGCUACGUGUACAAUUCCCCGAACGUUAGCAUCAUGUGCUGGGUAGAGUGCGCGCCUAUCUGCAAUAUUUCCUGGCUGAAGGACGGCGUGCCGAUGGAUUUCACGAAAACGAACCGAUACUAUCUGUCGAACGUUUAUCAUCCGCCCGAUUCGCGAACGAACGACUUCGAGAGCAUCCAGUCGACCCUGGUGUGGAACCUGACUGCCUGGCCGAGUGGCCAGCUCGAUCGCGUCGAAGACAACGUUAAAUUCAGCUGCGAGAGCAGCAGCAACGGUAUAGGACCAGGAGUGAAGAGCAGCACUCAUUUUCACGUGGAAUUUCCGCCGGAAAAUAUGACGAUCUCGAAGAAGAUAAUAAACGUCACCGUCGACACGAUACCGGAAACGGUGACCUGCAACGCGAAGGCGCAUCCGGAGCCGACGUUCCGCUGGUUUCGGGAAGGCUCGACGGACACCAUCAUCGAGGGCCGUGUUCUCGAUUUGAAAGUGACUGUGCCCAGACGUAGCAACGGGACGUACUACUGCGAGGCAUCGAAUCGCCACGGAAGCCGGAACAUUUCCAUGAUCAUGAAUGUUCAAUUUAAGCCAGAAUGUCACGUGGAAAGGGAACGAAUAGACGGCGAGGAUUACGUGGUGUGCUCAGCGAUAGCCAACCCGAAGGAGACUGAUUUCGUUUGGUCGUUGAAGAGCGACAACGACACGUUGGAGCAGGUAGCUGAGACGCGCAAUGGAAAAAGCUACAUCCGUCUCGAUACGUCGGUAACCAAUUUCCGGACGUACGUUUGCGUUGCGAACAACUCCAUCGGCCAUUCCAACCCUUGUGAGCGUGACGUACCAGCUCACCAUGGACAUCGAAGUCACAUACCAUGGUGGCAUCAAUUGGAAGGAUAUCUUCUUCUGAUCGUCAUCGUAGCCGCAGUUGUCCUGAUAAUUGUGAUAAUCAUCAUCUGUGUAGCGAUCUUCAUCAUUUGCCGGCGCAAACGAAACCAGAUGAAAUACAGUAAUCGGGUGGUCGAGCUGGAGGAACGCGAACAUCCAGACGGUGGGCCACCGAGUCCAACGGUGUCCUCUCACUCAGCUCAGACGGCGGUGCACCCAACAGCCGCUCCCAGAUGGCCGCUGAAACCGGGCGUUUUGGUGCACAUCAAUCGGAGCCAUAGUCUACGAUCAGGUCUGAGCGUACGCGCGAACGUAGCGCUGCGAAACGAGCUGAUUAGCAGGAGAACAACCGAGGAGCCGACGAUGGCUGAUCGGUUCCUCGUCGAGACGACGAUCGCGAAGGUCGCCGGCGGCAAGGUGUUCCGCAGACGGAAGGAGAACACGCAGAGGAGCUUGACCGUGUCCAGUCUGCAUGACGAGGGUAUGCUUGCCAGAGCAAAUAAAAUUAAGGCGAUGUUUGGAGUACAGCUUAAAGAGCAGGCCACUCUGCCGGGCAUUUCCAGAGAGAAGACAGCUGUGACAUACAAAAGAAUAGCGCCACGGCAGCGGAUAUUGCAUGCAGAAUCAUCGUGCGAAUUGAACCGAGGCAACGUAUCCCGUAAGCGAAAAAAACCAGGCGCAGAUCCCAAUCAAGCUGCGAAUAACAAUCACGUGAACAGCGUGUCGGAGGGCCUUCCCGAGUCCGGAGCGAAGACGUUCUACGAGAAUCUGCCGUUCCAUGGGAUCCAAGCGCCGCCUAACAAGUUGGUUUCUCCUAUGUUUGCCCGAGUUUCGGCUUUGCAUGGCACGUUGCAUCAUCAUCAUCAUCAUCACCAUUCGGUCCCGAGCUCGCCGUAUCCCUCGCGGCCACCUAGCAGAACGACAUCGCUCUGCGACGCUAGUUCCGGCUACGAAUCGACCAGGAGCCAUCUAGGUCCGCACUAUAGCGAUUACAACGUGCCCAGGAAUAACUCGCCCGUGCUCAAGUACAACAGCUUGAAGCCACGCCGGAGGAAGGACAAACGUUCUCAAUUCUAUUCGCUGAGGUUGUGUCGAAGGCACGAGAACAUGCAGAGGAAGUAUCAGCUUUACGCUAUACCGAUAUACAAGUGUCCUCAUAAGAACGGUAGUACGAGUACGAUCGCGACGAUCGUCAGAUCCGACACACCGUCGUUAUCCACGAAUCCGUGUCAGAACCGUACGAGUACAGAUCAAACAAGCGAAAAUCAAACGAGUCAGAGUCAUUCGACGACGGAGAAUCAUUUGUGCGAGUCAACGUCGACGAACACGCCACCAAUCCCGGCGCCGAGAAAAUACAAGAAGACCGACCCAUCGAAGCACACCUACCAAAACGUUCCCACUCCCGUUUUUCCACCGAAAAACGCUUCGUUACCUAGGACUAAGACCGACAGCCUAUACAACUACAAAGAACACUACCAGCAACAGCACCGGCAGGAGAUGCAGCAGUACAGCUACCCGUUACCGAGCAACAGUUCCAGCCAACUAACACUGCCACUAACGCGCAGCCUGUACCACUCCUCGAUAGUUAGCCCCUUGCAGACCUCGUUCGUUCACGCAAACAGCCGUCCGCCGGCGUUGACGCAACACGAGAACCACCUGUCUGUGGUAGCAGCGGCGGCGGCGGCUUCGUUGCAUCCGGACGACGAGCAUCAGAACUACACGAACCACGACGCCACGAGGCAACCGCGUCGCCACGGUGCCCGUUCGAGCGACCGUGGCCAAAAGUACCGGAAGCACAAACGCGGCGAACGGAAACAGAAACAGAGGCGGCCGGAUCAAACGAGGAGGACAGACGCGUACGCGAGCGCGCCCUCCUGCGAGACCAGCUUCCAUCAGGUACAGGAGCUCGGUAUACCCGAGACGUACAAAAUCUCCUAUCCGCAUUAUUACGAGGACGACAUCGCGGAGUGUCCCACCGACUAUCACAGGUCGAACCCUAGCUCCCGUUCCCAGCAGAUAUGGGAACGGCAGUCGUCGAAUCGUUGCCCCGCCGAGAGCACGCAUUACGCGGACCCCGGGGACGCGAAGAACCGGAACAAAUCGAAGAGAUUGUCGUCGAAUCUGGGUGACGGACGCUCGCCGUCCGCGCCGACGAUAAUGCAAUACGCCGAGCUACACUUCCGGGACGUCGGUCAGGAGAUCGAUGUCUAA